UAUUAACACAGUAUAUAAAUGGGAUCAGUGUUUCCAUUGUUUCGCAUUUUUUUUUUAUGAACUACAAAAAUAUAUAGUAAAUAUUUUUCACUGAAACUGCAAAAACAAAUCUAAAAUAACCUGGAUGGUAAAAAAUUAACAUAUAAAACAGAGAUCUGCAAAAUAUUUUGAAAUAAACAACGAUAGUUGAAGGCGUUAGAAUUCGUAUCUCACUAAAAUUUGAACUAAUUUGAAUGCGAACGUUGGUGUUUUUUCUUUUGCUUUUUAUAAAACAGAAUUAAGUCGAAAAAUCAUGAUAUUUUCCUAAAUUUGUUUUAUCGCGUUCGACACAUGUAAAGCAACAAUUUUGCGCAACAAGAUUGGUGGUUAAAUAUUGGUUCAGGUAUCCCGCUAAAUGUGUAAAGACAACAGUUUCCUGAUUGAUCGACAGUCACGACACUAGACGGUGGACGGUGCCAUUUUUGUCACCUUAGCAGCGCGCAUCAUGCGCGUGUAAAAUUGAGUAAACUGGAUAGAUUUUUUUGAAUUGAAUCUCACGAUUUAAAUAGAAAUAAUUGUUGUUAUUUGAACGUACAUUCUUUUGAAUCGAGUUUCACAAGUUGAACUUGUGAUCGGUUGAGCCGAUCGUUCUUAACCUUCUGUGACAUCAGUGAAAGAUGUUAAUAUUUGUGUGGACGUGAUUGUUGUGAUGGUUUAAUAUAUCAUGAACAAAACCAAUAAACUUAACAUGAUACGAAACGCAAGAAUCUGGAAUUGUUCUCUGUGAUCAGAUAAUUCAGGUCAUUAGACCUUAAAAACACCAAAGAAAAAUGAUGAAGCUAUGAGUACAGCGGACACAACGCUGUCAAUUUCAAUCAAAAUGGCCCCAGGGCCAGAACAUCGUCAAGAACCAGUAGCUCCUGACAAAACUACUGAAAAUAACAACAGUGAAAUCUCUAAUGAAAGAGUUAGUGAAAAUCCAGUGGUAGGCAUUGAAACUGUUGGUAGUCAGAGUUCGAAUGCAGAAUGUGCUUCGACGAAUGCUGAUACUGCUUUAGAUUCAACAAAUCAAAGUGCACCAACCAGUGUUACCUCAGACAGUAAGCAGGAAGAACCAGCUACUUUAUCUACAUUAAAUGAAGGUGAAUUACGUGCAUUACUGGAUGAAGCUAUAACUUAUAAGUGUCCUAAGGAUCGUGAAGGAAAAUCAAGCCUUUUUAAAGAAUUACUGCAAGAAGCAGAGGCUGAUGAAACUGAGGAAGGUCGUAGGAUAAUAACUAAUUCACGUUGUUUACCUGGAUCAAAUCGUAGAAGACAUAAACGAGAUUCUGUGUCUGAAAGAUUAACACACGGAGGAUCUUUACAAAACUUGGCCCAACCUAUUACUUCAGAAUUUGAUAGUAGUUUUGCUUACUUAACAUCUGGAUCUAGCCAUACUUACGGAGGAAGUAGAAGAAAGAAUAAAAAAUAUACAGGACCUAGUGUAUCUGCUAGACAAAGGGAAGGUGGUUCGUUACCGUCAAAUGUUAAUGCAUCGCAUAAUCUUGCUUCGUUGGCUAAUUUAGACUUGUUGUUUGAUAAAAAGAAGGGCUUCUGUGAAGAAAGAACAACAUAUGAUUGGACCAAUAAAGAAAAAUCCAAAUCUCUAGACAAACCAUCAUAUACUAAUACAAAAAAAGAAGAAAAAGAUAAAAAAGAUACGAAGAAAGAUUUGUCUGAAACUGAACUUGAAGUACGCGAGAAAAGAGGUAACAAAGGAAAACACGGGACAAAUGAAAUGCUUGAAUCAGAUAAUCCACCACCAGAGUAUAAGUCAGAUUACAUGUUGAUCGAUUUAGGUGAUACUGAGGUGGGUAGUAUUAGUGAAAGGAAUGUGGGAUCCACAAUAAGUGGGGUUCAGAGACCUCACUCUUUAGAUACAGAAGAUGAUGAAGGAACUGAAAUGAAAAUCAUUGAACCACGUAGAUCUCAAUAUAUAUCACGUCCUACAUUUGACAUAGCUCAAACUCCUGUGGAUACUACUAUAGAUUUUUCUUUCCGAGAACAUAGUGGAAAGCAAGAUAAAUCAAAAAUAUCUGUGAAUGGUAUAGAGGUAACUGGAGCCCUCUCCAUCCAGACCUUUAAUAGCGUGAAAUGUGGUAUUGGUGGGACUGCAAACAGUUCUAGUACUAGUCAGGGUAAAGUAGUUCCAAGUUUAUGCUCCAUGAUGUCCGCAUCGUUGCAAACACAGAAUAUUACAAUGGAAGGUUCCAGGUAUACAUCGCAUACUACGGCAUCUGGAGAAAAGAAAUCUUUAGAUGAAAAUGGAAAUGCAGUGCAAAACUAUAACGGAGAACGAAAAAAAUCUAGAAGAAAGCAGUCGCAAGAACCUAACGUUAUCAUAUAUAAUGCUGAACAAGUUGAAGGACACCGUAAUGAAGAUAUCGACAGUUUAAUUAAUUUUAUCGAAAACAAGGAAUCUAAAAGCAAAAAAGGAAAGCCAGGUAAUCCAGUAAGAGUAAAAACUAGUUCUGGAGCAAAACCAAGGAGUAGAGAAAAAGACACUAAAAGGGAACAGUUACCUGCCAAGUUGCAGAAAUCUAAUUCUCUUGAAGAAAUAUCUAAGACUAAACUUGAAGACCUCACAACAGAAAAAAGUGUUAGUUCUAGUGGUGCCAGUAGUAUAUCCAGUCAACAUGCUACGAUUAACGUUGCUUUACGGCGUGCGAAACAAAGAAGUACAGGGGAUGCAGCUAUCGAUAGUCGUGGUGAUAGACGAUCCUGGGGAACUGAAGAAGGUCAGUCUAUAUAUUGCAAUGAUACUGGGGAUGAUUAUGCUAGUCGUCGAAACUCCAAUAAAAAAAUCAAUCCAGAACCUGAACAUGAAACAGAAUUCCUGGUAGUUACGAAAAAGAAGAAGAGUAAAAAGCAGAGAAGAAGUUCUAGUGGUAGUAGAGCUCAGAAUUUGGCAACGUCUGGAUCUUAUCUUCAAACCUCCAGGGGAUUUUCCAAUGAAUAUAGAACACCGCUUUCUCCUGAACUUAGAAGAAAAUCAGCGAGUAGUAUGCCCCCAAGCGAUAAAUCGGAUAGCAGUGAUUCCGAUUCUGUCCAUUCAUUGCCAGUCACAUCGAACACGUCCAAACACAAUUUAUCAAAAAUAGCUACCUCAUCAGGCGGAACGCCACAGGCAAGUUACGCAGAUAUAGCUCGCAUGGCAACUAUUAAUAUGACACACAAUUCAGUGUUAAAUAUGUCUACAAUAGUUCCGACUAUGUUAAAUACGUCUUCUUGGCCUAGUGUGCCACCUAAAACACCUUCAGAACCAGAUAAAAUUCCUCAGGAUUAUUAUCCGAGCCUAGAUGAAUUACAGCACUCGGAUAGAAAAACAAGGCAACAUAAUUUCACUCAUUCAAACCACAUCUUGAACCUUAGCUUUGAAAAACCGCCGUCCCCAACUUUGGCAAAGAUGAAAAAUUUAACAGAAAGAAAAAAAGCAGAAGCUCAAGAAGAAGCUAUUAAUAAAAACAUUCAGGUUAUAAAGUACGUUCAAGAUGUUGAAAAAAUGCGUCAGAAUUUAACGCAACAAGAAAAAAAUGCAAAUACUAAUAGUCAUAGCACAAUUUCAAACGAAGUUUCAGUAACGAAUCCAGUGCCAUCGAAGCUCAAUAAUGCAAUAACGAACUGUAACGCCGAUGCUGACAACAAUAAUACUAGUGGUAAUGGUGUUAAUAAUAAAGAUGCGACUCUGAACAUGAGGUGUAACAAUCCUCGAUCACGUCGAGGUUACGUUCAAAACAAUCAAAGUGUACAAACUCAGGCAUUGCACGAAGAUCAACAUUUCAAGAAAACUGGAUAUUCUCAUCCCGAUGAAAAUACCAAAAAAUCAUCUAUCACGGAAAAUUCCAUUAGUCAUUCUGAAAACAAAAAUAAUCCCGGAACGGGAUCAUCUGAUGAGGUUGAGCUACAAAAAUCCAGUACUCAGAAUAAUCCAAAAUCGACACAAGAAAUUCAAAGCACUGAUUCAGAUGCUACAAAAUUAACUAAAAAUGAAAAGUUAACGAAAACAAUAAAAGAACAAAACAAUAAUGUGAAACAUGAAAUGGUUAAGUCAGGAAAUACACAUUCUGUUAAUUCUAAACAAGAUCAGCAGGAGGAUGUUGAAUCGAAGAAAACUAAGCAACAGCAAGGUGCACCUGUGGAUAAAGAACAGUUACAGAAAUCAGAAUCUCAGACAUCUAAUAAACAAAAGGCUUCUAGACCUGCGGUCAUAUUACUAGACGAAAGUUCGUCCGAUAUUUCUAAGAACAGCGAGUUGCCAACAGAGCUUAGGUUUGGAUUCGAAAUUAACGAACAGCUUCUGUUGUCCGAAGAUUCAGUAACCGAAGAAACUUCAACUGCCAGUUCCGUUUUUCCUUCUGUAGUUUCUCCGCUUAUAAGUAAACCACCUAAUUUCGAUAGAUAUCCUCCAAUAUUUGAGAAACAUAUGAGAUGCGAUAAGUUUGCACCCAAUUUCAUGCAACCACCCAAUGCUCACAUAACGCAACAGCCUAUGCAUCCCGUAAUGAUGCAGCGAUUACCGUGUAUGGGUUACCCUCCAAGGUUUCCUCCACCUACGUGUCUACCGCCGCCACCAACACCUCCUCCAGGAAUAAUGGACAAAUAUCAUCAUCAACCGAAAGAAGAUUUUUCUAUGCUGUAUGUAGCACCUGAAGAAGAUGUUAAUAUACAAACGUACAAUCAUGAUAAAAUCGUCUCGUUUGUUGGCUUAGCUUGGGAUGCUGUUAUGAGAGAAAUGCCAGUGACUGCAGGUGGUCGCAUACAGUUCUAUAGUGGUCAGUGAAAUGGGCACUAAGAAUAUGGGGUAAAUAACACAAUGUUUUUGUACUACACAAUUACCUCUAUCGCAAGUUAUCUGUUAUAAAGUGUAAACAGCUCAAAGAGUCUGCUUACUAAAAUGCAAGACCAAAUAUGUAUCUGAAUAGAAAGAAGAUGAUCGAACCAUUAUCAAAAAGUUACUGCAACUUCUGGUAUCGAUCACAGUAAAAGAAGCUAUGCUAUAGUUUUCGAGUUAAAUUAUCAGUGAUAAUUCUGUAAAGCCAACUGGCGCAAAACGUGCCUCAAAAGAUAAUGUAUAUAAUAGUCAAUCACCAGAAGAAGACAAGACUUACACAUUGUACGUUCUGACUGUACAUACAUUGAAAUGUUACAAAUACCUUUGAAAAGGUUGUAGCAACAUUAAAGUCUCAGUAUUGACGUCUCUUACGAUAUUUGACUGAAAUUAUUAACGAGCAAAUUAUGUUUUGCUCUCGAAAAGUAUGAAAGCAAAAUUUCUUUGUACAAAAGUGUGAAAAUUCAUAUAUUCGUAAAAUGUCUGGUAUAUGUUUUGAAGAAACACCUUUCGAAUCGACAUGAAAGUGAAACAUUUUGGAAGAGAAGAAAAUAUAGAGGCAAUUUAAAUUAACCUAAAUAAUUGACCACGAAGCAGGUUUUUCAAGAACUGCGUGUGCUGUGACAGUGGUUUAAUGCUGAUGCCUUUCAAGUAAACAAGUACAUAUGUAGGCCAUUGUAAUAAAGUUUACGAAUAGUUGAGGAAAAAAAUGAAAGAGCCCGUUACGUUAACUAUGCCAAAUUGAGAUCGUCCGUCAGAAAUAUUACUAAACUACUAACAGUUACGUUGAAUAGUUGCCAGCCGAGAUGAUCUUUAAAGAACAGCGUCUUAAAGCAAGGAUUGUUGCAGCAGUCAGUGAGUCUUCAAGAAAAAACUUUAGAAAGUUUAAAAUGAAAAAUAGUGGUUGCUAGUUUACAUGUACUUUAUUUAAGACAGCAUAAAAGAAAAGUAAAGAAAGCUAUAAAGAUGUGUGAUGAAGUGUAAUGAAAAUGGUGAAUGUAAGUGUGUCACUGAACACGUGUAAAAUAUUAAAAAAAAAUAGUGUGAUUGACUUAUAACUUUAUUGGAGUGGUUACUUCUUCCAGCCGCGACAGAUAAUAGUUUAAGAGAUUUAAAGCAAAACAAAACAAAAAAAGCAAGAAAAAAAAGGAAGGAAUCAUAAACUGAUUUUUUGCAAAAAAGGUUGCGCUCAAGGUCAUAAACUGAAUGAGAAACAGUGAGAAAAAAAGUGCGAAUGUGUCGAAACAAAACAAACAAAAAAACGCUAAAUUUUUACACAGACUCGCUUAUUUAAUGAAUAAUUAAUUAUUAAUUACUGGUAAUGAUAAUUAUAAUAAAAUACUUGCUUGUGAUCAUAAAGUAUGAUGGUGUGAAUGCGUGUGUAGUUCAUGUAGGUGUUCUUCUACUAGCAGAUGUCCAAUUUUAUUUUGAAGUUACGUUUUUUCUCUCUUUUUUUUUUCUCGAAUUUCUAUCGGAAUUGUGUUAGUUUUCUAAAUUGAGCGAAACAAAAAGUAAUCAAUACACUUUACGGUUGUUACUGAUCUACAGUAAGAGAACGAAAGCAAACUUAUACGAGUAAUCAAUCAAAAACAGAAACACCACGGAUUUAAUAUAAUUCCUUUCAUGACGAUUCUAUUCGUUGUACAGGAAGCCUACCUCCAACAUAUAUUUUAUUUUUCGAUAGAUGAACAAAAUAGCGAAACAAUGACUUUACAUUGUGUUUUGAUUCGAAUGCAGAUUUCACGCAUCUUCAGAAAAACGAUAUGAAUGAUGAAAAGUGUGUGAAAACUUAUCGCCUUUGAAAGUGAUCAUAAAAUAACAGACUACUGCAGAUAAGUUUCAUAUAAAGGAAUGAAAGUGUAUUUGUCUAAUUAGAUUAUCAUUACUAUUACUAUUAUUAUUAUUAUAAUUAUUAUUACUAUUAUUAUUAUUAUUAAUAUUAUUAUUAUUAAUGAGAAGUUAAUAGUUAUUAACAACUUGAAAUUGGCAAUUUUUGUUAUUGCUUUCUUUUGCAAAAUUCAUUUUACUGAAAGAAAUGAAUGCGAGCUCCAUUGAUAUUUUCUAUUUUGUUCAACAAUAUAGUAACAGUACAGCUGGGGGUACAGCUUUCAAAUGAAUAAUUCUACGAUAAUGUAACAUAUUUAAGAAAGAAAAAAUUAUCGAUGCAUUUUGGAAUAUACCUUGAAGAAAAGGUCAUUCUUUAUACGCUGAACGAAUUUUCAAGAAAGAUGACUUCGUAAACGCGAAUACCACGUUUAGUUUCAUUAUUAACAUUUUAAAGGAAUUUAAUGUGAAUCAUUAAAAUAUACAUUCGCUUGUUUUAUACUGUUUAUUUUAUACAUUUUUAACAUGCAGAAAAAGAAAGAAAGUCACAAAAAUAUUUCUUAGUGAACUGUGAUACAGUAUGAGGAAACAACAACAAAAAUAGUUCCUAAGAGUCGAAGACAAAACUACAUUCAGUUAUGACGAAUUCAUUUUUAAUCGUAAGACCUUAUUAUUCUAAUUACGUCAGGCGAUAAAGAAUAAUCGUUUUAUUAUUGCUUUAAGCGGAUAGGUGACGUUUCUUCAGGGUAUAUCUAUGAUCCGAUAUGCAGGAAACUAUUUAAAAGUCAGGUGCUCCAUCGCCUUAAAACGUUAGUAGAAUGCAGUAUCAGCCUGUGCCGUUGACCGGUUCGAAUGGCCAACAUUGCUAAGUUCGCAGAGAUUAAGCACAGAAGUACUUGAUGAAAAAUAGGACCAUAGAGCGUUUGUUUAUUAGCGUGCGUCGAGUGGCAGCUAUGCUGAAACGAUGUCAUAUUUGUAACACGCGGUUUAUCGAUGAGAAAAGAACACAAAUAUAAAUACACAGUUCUUUUCUGAACGUAUAACAAUUGAAUCGAUAGUGAUCAUUAACCCUUUGCGCUACAAACAUGCACAGAUACGGGGUGUUGAUAAAAGAGUUUAGGACUUAUGGAACAUCAGCGUUACACUGCUUAAAAAAGUUUUAGCGAAUAUAUGUUGAAAAAUCAAUUUUUUCAGUUAUUAGGAAUUUUACAUUUAUUUUUGUAAUAGAAUUAUUAUGUUGGUACUAGUUUUUGGGUGCAAAUUGAAAUCCUUUUUGGAAUUAGCAUUUUGUUGAUAUUGCAAUUAACAUUUUUAUCAGAUGGCUCAUUCAUAAUGAUAAUUUUAUUAACAAAAUAUUAAUAGACAAGGGAUAUUAUUUGUAUCCAAAAAUUAAGAACUAUCUUAGAGCUCUGAACAUGUAUCUUUUCAUUUAUACAUAAUAUUAUCUACAUUCAUCAGAAAUAUUAAUGGUUCAUAAUUGGAUAAUUAUACUUUUUUUUUUAAAUUAUUUAUUUCAUGUUAUAUAUGGAACUGUUACUGACUAACAAUAUUUAUUAGAAAACUUCAACAAAAUUGAGAAAAUUUUUGGUUAAUAGUUAAACGAAUACUGUAUAAUUACACCUGUUUUAUAAUUAAGAAUUAAAUUUUGAAAUUCACAUGAUACAUGUUCAGCUCAUUGAAAUAAAAAUGAUCCACUGAUUAUUACUUUAUGCUACAAUGUGGCAUAUAUUGAAUUUUCUAAACUUAUUAGAAUAUAAUUGGUGCAAAAUGUGGAUCAUACAAAUGAAAGCUUGAUACAAAGAUAAAAUGAACAAAAGUUGAAAGUAAAACUUUAAAAACAAUAGACACAUUUUUUCCAUUAUUGACUUUUGUUCUACCAAAGUUACAAAUGUCUUAUAAUUUUAUUUAUAUAUUUUAUAAAUUGGAAAAGUAUGAUCUAUAUACAAAAUAUUGAUCUCAUUCAUGUACUUGUAGACUCAAUACAAUUACAGAAUUAUCAGUAAAUUACUGAAUUCGCAAUUCUACGGUACAAAGAUAUUUUCUUUGUAAAUGUGCAAAUAUAAGAAUUUCUCAUUAUUCUAAAACUGUUGAUUUUUCGAUAUACAUUCAUUAAACAUUCGAUUCAGUUUAUUAAUGUAAGUUCCUUUGAACACCCUGUAUAUUCAAAUACCACAAAAAAAGGGCAAAAACUUAUACUGAUUUUAACAAAUACUUAUUCUUUCUGAAAAAGUUAUUAUUUAUGCUGCAGAGAUUUACUUAACGAACCUGAAAUAAAAAUAAAUUAAAGUUGGUUAAAAGAGUCAGAGUGCAAAGGGUUAAUUGGAAAAAAGUAUACAUUGAAAAAGCGAAUCUUUUCUUUUUCUGUUUUCAUUAUUAAGGCGUUUAAAAAUGUGAAUAAUAAAGAGACACCGUUGUUUUUGUUUAAAUGACAGGCUAAUUGCAUUUAUCCACGAACACUCUUGUAGUCUGUAUUGUAACAUAAAGUGUAUAUGUUUUUCUCGCAGUGGGCACAAAUCGAACCUGACGGUUCGUAUCGUGAGAAAUUUGUAAUUUAGGUAAAAGAAAUCGCUAUUGCACAUCUCGUUCUCAGCUAUAUUAUUAACGAUAUAGAUUCAGUUGAACUGUUGAAACGCUACGAUGUAAAUUAACACAUUGCGUGCCUCAUUUUGCUCGUUCUCAAUAUUUAACACAUGUAUAAAGCGUGGCAAGAUUUCUCAUAGAAGUGAAAAAAAUAAAUGAAUAAUUAUGGAGGAAAUUUUUUCGAGGAUUUUUAUCACGUUCACGUGUUCUUAUCGUUAUAUUUGAUUCAUUAAAUGUUCACGUUAUCUUGACAAGGAUACUUAAUUAAAAAGAUGCCAUUAUAUAAUCAGUAGCAAGUUCUAAUCAUUUCUUUAAUGAUAAUUAUGUAAUGGAAAGUGUGCAAGGAAAAAUUCUGAAAUUUUCAGGUUUAUGAUUUAGUAAAUUACAGAUUGAAAAAUUAAUUUAAUGCUUCUGUUAUCUUUAAAAAUUGUGUAAAAGCUUGUUACAAAUGUAAAUUAACUUAAUGAUCAAAUUCUGGGAAAAAGUUUAAAAAUCAAGAGAAAUUUGGUGUUUAUAUUAGAUUACAAAUUUAAUUUACAUUAUGUAAUAAUAAAUUCAAGUUGCAUUAAAAAGUAGAUUCAAGUUUUAUUAAAAGUAUUGUUUUAUAAAACUUGCACAGAAAUUUUUUGGGAAAUGAACAAAAUUUACUCCAUAACUUUAAUGUAUUUUUGCAUCAAACAUCUAUUUAUUUUCUCUUGAUAUUAAGAAUUUUGCACCUUGUAUACGUCAAUGUAUUUCAAAAUAGAGGUUUCAGUAAAGCUGUUUAAGCUUGACGAUAAAAGUGUCAAACGUUUGUUACAAUUGCUUGUAUUCUAUUGAAUCACAACCCCCGCGCAAUGUGUUAAUUUAAAGGAAGCUAAAUAGUUGAUGUUAUUAUCCCGUCUUGAACUGUUGAACUCGUGAAUGCUUAACGUGUGUGUACAAAUACGAGAGCACACUGACAGAAAGCGUCAUUCUAUGAGAUGCUAUUCAUUGAGUCGUGAAUAAAACAUAUUUUCCUUUUUCCUUUUGACCCUUUUG